GGCGACCCAGGAGCCCAGCCUGUCAGCCCGCUCUGGGAGGCGGGAAAGCUGCAAGCCGCGCCCACUGCCCUGCCCCCAGCGCACCACUCCCGGUUUCUGGGACUCCUCACAUCCUCCCGGGAUCCGCUCGGAGGGGACCCAGUGCCUAGACGCCAUGGAGACGGUGCUGAUCCUCUGCAGCCUGCUGGCCCCUGCAGUCCUGGCUAGUGCAGCCGAGAAGGAGAAAGAAAAGGAUCCAUUCUAUUAUGACUACCAGACUCUGCGGAUUGGGGGAUUGGUGUUCGCCGUGGUCCUCUUCUCUGUUGGGAUACUCCUCAUCCUAAGUCGCAGGUGCAAGUGCAGUUUCAAUCAGAAGCCCCGCUGCGGAGCCCCAGAAGACAGAGAACUGAAGUGUUCCCACCAGGAUGAAGGGGGCAACGCUAAGGGUGCAGAGGAUCCAUUCUACUAUGAUUAUGAGACUGUCCGCAAAGGGGGCCUGAUCUUCGCGGGCCUGGCCUUCGUCGUGGGCCUCCUCAUCCUCCUCAGCAAAAGAUUCCGCUGUGGGGGCAGUAAGAGGCACAGGCAGGUCAAUGAAGAUGAGCUGUGACAAUAGGUAUGUUUCCUUCAAGGCAC